AUGCCUGUCACUACUCGAUCGGCCGGACGUGCCAGUGCAAAGAAUCCCGAGAAGAUUACAACGAAACAAGCAUCAAAGAAACAGAAUGACUUGCAUGCUGUCAACAACACUAUCAAGAAUACAAACGCCAAAGAUCCAUAUCCAGCGAAAAUGCUACCUCAGAGCCGCAGACUUCUAGAAUGGAUAUCGCUUAAAUAUCCACCCAAUGGUAUUAUCCUUAAUAGCGAUGAACUUUUAGCUACCCUCCAAGAGAUCCAAAAACUCCAAGAAUGCAUCGGUAUCGCCCGAGGCCGUCCGCAUGAGCCAAGGGAUUUUGAGUGGUUGAUUAUCGGUAAGCAGUCUUACCUUCUCGAUGUGAAAAGAUGCUUGCUAUGCCGUCUUCUGAAUGUCUAA